UGCUCGGGCAGGCCCCCUCCCCGUUGCCCCGGGCAGUUUCAAGGAGCAUCACCCAAGUAUGGAUAAUGAAGCAAACCCAGGCACGUCAUCCGUGUCUACCGCUCCUAGCAGUGCAGCCACUACCACCAUCAGCACUUCCUCCUCCAGAACACCACAACCACAGAUCUCUGUUUAUAGCGGCUCUGACCGACACGCCGUACAGGUCAUUCAGCAGGCCUUGCACCGCCCCCCCAGCUCAGCGGCUCAGUACCUCCAGCAGAUGUACGCGGCCCAGCAACAGCACCUCAUGCUGCACACGGCAGCUUUGCAGCAGCAGCACUUGAGCAGCUCCCAGCUCCAGAGCCUGGCGGCUGUGCAGGCAAGUCUGUCCAGUGGGAGACCAUCUACAUCCCCUACAGGGAGUGUCACACAACAGUCAAGCAUGUCCCAGACAUCUAUCAACCUCUCUACUUCUCCUACACCUGCACAGUUAAUAAGCCGUUCCCAGGCUUCCAGUACUACCAGCAGCAGUAUUACCCAACAGACUAUGUUACUAGGGAGUACAUCCCCUACCUUAACGGCAAGCCAAGCUCAAAUGUAUCUACGAGCUCAAAUGCUGAUUUUCACACCUGCUACUACUGUGGCUGCUGUACAGUCUGACAUUCCUGUUGUCUCGUCGUCGUCGUCACCUUCCUGUCAGUCGGCAGCUACUCAGGUUCAGAAUUUAACGUUAUGCAGCCAGAAGUUGGGUGUAUUAUCUAGUUCGCAGAAUGGCCCACCAAAAAACAGUAGUCAAGCUCAGUCAUUGACCAUUUGUCAUAAUAAAACGACAGUAACCAGUUCCAAAACCAGUCAACGAGACGCUUCUCCAGAAAGCAAUAAGAAAGGAGAGAGCCCCAGUUUGGAAUCUCGAAGUACUGCUGUUACACGAACGUCAAGUAUCCAUCAGUUAAUAGCCCCAGCUGCAUAUUCUCCAAUUCAGCCUCAUUCUCUAAUAAAACAUCAGCAGAUUCCUCUUCAUUCACCAACUUCCAAGGUGUCCCAUCACCAGCUGAUUUUGCAGCAGCAGCAGCAGCAGCAAGUCCAGCCACUCCCCCUUCAGAGUCCGAGUCAGGAACCCCCCGCCUCCCAGCACUGUGGCCCCGUGCCGAGCCACGGCCUCCCGGCGGCGCCAGGCGGUGCCCAGGCCCAGCACUGUUCACCCCUUCAGAGCCACCCGCCUCCGCUUCCGGUGUCCCCUCCCCAGCCCCAGGCAGCGCAGCAGUCGGUGGUGGUGUCCCCCCCACCGCCCCAUUCUCCCAGCCCGUCUCCUGCGAUCAUCAUUCAUCCACAAGCACUUAUUCAGCCCCAUCCUCUCGUGUCCUCGGCUCUCCAGCCAGGGCCGAGCUUGCAGCAGCCCCCCACUAAUCAGGUGCAGCCAGCCGCCCAGCCGCUGAAUCUUCCAUCUCAUCUCCCGCUUCCAGCCUCCCCUGUGGUGCACUUGGGGGCUGUCCAGCAGUCCUCUCUGGUGUCCCCGGGGCCGCAGAUUGUCUCUCCCACAGCGCAUCAGCCGUACUCCGCACUGCAGUCUCCUCCGAUCCCACUCGUACCACCCCCCCAGCUGUCCGCAUCUCCUCCAGCCCAGGUCCCAGCACUGCCCUUGCAGUCUGUGCAGCCUGAAAUUCUAUCCCAGGGCCAGGUCUUGGUGCAGAACGCUUUGGUGUCCGAAGAGGAGCUUCCCGCGGCAGAAGCCUUGGUCCAGCUGCCCUUUCAGACUCUUCCCCCACCACAGACUGUUGCGGUCAACCUGCAAGUGCAGCCACCUGCCCCCGUUGAGCCACCAGUGGUUUACCAAGUAGAGGAUGUGUGUGAGGAAGAAAUGCCUGAAGAAUCAGAUGAAUGUGUCCGCAUGGACCGAACGCCCCCACCACCUACUCUGUCUCCAGCAGCUAUAACUGUGGGCAGAGGAGAGGAUUUGUCUUCUGAACAUCCUUUGUUAGACCAAGUGGAUCUCCCUGCAGUGGCAUCAGUCAGCGCAUCCGUGAUUAAGUCCCCGACAGACCCUCCCCACGCCUCUGUCCCCCCACCUCCACUUCUGCUUCCGGCUGCUGCCACACGGAGCCAUGGCACAUCUCUGCCCAGCAGCGUUCCCAAUGUAGAAAACAGACCUCCCCAGGCUAUUGUGAAACCGCAGAUCUUGACCCACGUUAUCGAGGGCUUUGUGAUUCAAGAGGGGCUGGAGCCAUUCCCUGUAAGUCGUUCAUCUUUGCUAGUAGAGCAGCCUGUGAAAAAAAGACCCCUUUUGGAUAACCCGGUCAUGAGUGGCAUGUGUGUCCAGGCGGAGCUCCAGAACAAUACAAAACAUGCUGAUAAUUCAUCGGACACCGAGAUGGAAGACAUGGCUGCUGAAGAGGGAUUAGAGGAAAUGGACAGUGAGUUGCUCAAGUGUGAAUUUUGUGGGAAGAUGGGAUAUGCUAAUGAGUUCCUACGUUCAAAACGAUUCUGCACUAUGUCAUGUGCCAAAAGGUACAAUGUUAGCUGUUCCAAGAAGUUUGCACUUAGUCGUUGGAAUCGGAAGCCUGAUAAUCAAAGCGUUGUGCAUAGUGGCCGUCGUCCAGGUGGCCCUGACGGGGCAGCACGAGAACAUUUUCCUAGGCAGCUUCCCAUUACUUAUCCAUCUGCAGAAGAAGGCUUGGCUCCUCACGAAGAGCCUGUGCCAACUGCUAUGAUCACCCGUCUUCGAAGGCAGAGCGAGAGGGAGCGAGAGCGUGAGCUCCGAGAGGGCCGGCUCCGGAAGGCGCCUGACAACACUGACUUGCUCCCGGUGGCGCAGACAGAACCAUCAAUAUGGACAGUUGAUGAAGUGUGGGCCUUCAUCCAUUCUCUGCCAGGUUGUCAGGAUAUUGCAGAUGAAUUCAGAGCUCAGGAGAUUGAUGGACAAGCUCUUCUCUUAUUAAAAGAGGAUCACCUUAUGAGUGCAAUGAAUAUCAAGCUAGGCCCUGCCUUGAAAAUCUGUGCACGGAUCAAUUCACUGAAAGAAUCCUAACAAGAAUGUGAGGUUUUUGAGAUGACAUUUUUGCUUUUCUCAAAUUUGUAAAGUCGUAAGCUAAUUUGUAAAGUCAACAGGUUACUUUUACUGCAGUGUUGGGCAAAAUACAUUCAAAUCUCUCAUGGCAUUCAUACCCUCUCCUCCAGAUCCAGGAACCUACCAAGGCUUCCAAGAAGCCAACAUUCCUGAAAGAAAUCUUAUAGGUUGGUGAAGGACAGAUACCCCUGAAGGCACGGUAAGCCAGAGGGUGGCCCAAGGAAAAGGAGGACGCACAGCCACUCUCAGCCGCAGGGUAGAAUGUGCUGGGGAGGAUGCUUGUUGCAUGGGUUGAUGUAAGUAGGUACUCUUCCAAUUCCCCUUUGGCCAGAUUGAGGUUUGCCUCCAAGGCAAGUUUCAGGUGAUAGAAGAACGCGUCAGCAGAAUGAGAGAAGUGUCAAAAAUUUUGUCUUAGAACAUUCAUUCGGAGUUGUCCAGGCUUGCUGAACCCCCGGAGAGGGUUGUUGUCUUCACAGGGACUAGAAGUCACCAUUGAUUGACAUUCUAGGUGGCUGAGAAAAAAAGUACUUUUUCCUGCUGCUUCUCUAAGCAAAAUGGAGUUAUAAUACUUGCCCCCGACUAAGAGAUGUUUUAAAAAACAUAGGGAAGGUAAGCUGUCGAAUGAGUUUUAAAUUGUUCAGAAAAUAAAGCUGCCAGCUAAGUGCAGGAGGGGAAUGUUAGUUAUGUAACAUAAAAGCUCUAUAUAUUAUUUUUGAUAAUUUUAUGUAUAGUAGAAAAUGGAAAUUUCCCAUUCCGUUCUUCAAAAUGCAGAAGUACUGAUGGGGUAAUGUUAACAAUAGCCAGACAGCGCUGGACCCCAAGCAGCUCUCUGGUAUUCAUGGGCUGGAAGGCAUAACAUCCUUGAGCCUUCGUGGACUGGUGCCCCAGCACUGCCAGGCAGGCAGGAAGGAGCAGCAGGGCAGGCUGCAUCACUGUUUUGGGGGUAUUUGUAAUGGAGCAACAUGUUGGUACUAGGAAGAAUGGAACUUCUCCUUUUCCUUUAGUAAUUGAUCCAGCAUUUGUCAGGUGACAACUCCUGGAUGUUCCUGACUUUUAAACAUCAGAGCUAUGAACUGCUCUUGUGUGCCACAAGGACAAAAUGUGUUUUAAAAAUUCAAAUAUCCCAAUUCAGAAAGUUAGGGUUCUGCAGUGUUACAGAAGGCAAUGCAAAUUCUGUUGAAUAAUAAUGAUAAAUCACUAGCAUAUAUGUAGGUAAAUAAGGGAUGGGGACACACACACACACACACACACGCACACACGCAUCACAAAGUUUUGAAAAUCAAGAUUUUUUUUUUUAAUUACAAUCACAUGAUACUUGGGUCAAGGUACCAUUUACUGAUUUCCUCAUUCUCUCUCACUGUGACGAACAGCCCCGUCCUCGUUGCCUGUGACUAAUUUAUAUGGCUCUCUUGAGGGAGCACAUGCAGGUAUCUGGCAUAUGUUCAGUUGGGUAGUGAAAAUGAAUUCAAGGGUUUCAGUUGGCUCCAUUGCUCUUUUCAGAAAGAUUACUUUAAGCUAGUAUAAGAUUAAAGAUAUCACAGAUAUUUAUCUUUUGGCUUUGUGUACCUUAGAGGUUAUUUUUAUACAAAAACACAGAGGGUAAUUUUUUUAAUCUUCUGGGAUUCUUUUGUGUUGUAAUAAUGUUUAAAAAAAGUGCUUAUUGAUAUUUAUCUUUGUCUAGGAAUAGCAAGGCUCAUCUUCCAGGCCUACAGUAGUUUAUAAUAGAUGAAGACUUUUUUGUCGUAUCGAACCUUUCAUUAGUAGGUGAAAGUUUGAAGGAGAACACCUGUGUAAUCUCAUUAUGCUUAGUGGUAAGGGACAGCAGCCUAGAAAAGUUGUAUAUUUGGCCUUGAAAUGCCUCUUCCCCCAUUCCUUCCUCCCUUCUCCCCACUAGAUUUACCUUUUUUUUUUGGGUGAGGUGAUCCAGGUU